CCUCUCUCGGCUCUGUGCAGACACUCAGCUGCCACGACGCAAAACAACCGGUUCACGCCAGUGUUCCGUUCAGGCGCCGCACCAGCGUCUCGCUUCAUAAUUUCUCACCAUGAGUGCCGUGGUCUCAGAGAACGCGUUUUUGUCCGCUUUACAGCCCAACAGCACGGUCACCACCUACGCCCUCCCGUCUGACAUCCAGCUCGGGAACGGGUGCUCCGUGUCGGACGAGGUGAGCAGAGCGCGCCGCGUCCAGCAGCAAGUCCAGAUGAGACUGGCCGAGAAGCCCACACUUCCGCGGCAGAAUGGAUCAGUUUCACAUUACGCCAUGUCAGACUAUGGUGGUUCCUCAACACUGAAAUAUCAAACCUAUAACCCAAGUUUCAGCUCUAAAUCAUCCUAUGUGUACACAGGCUCCAGAACAAUGGGUCCACGUGUAUCCCAGAGGUCGGGCUUCAGCUGCCAGUCUGCUGGCCCAGACCUGGCCCAUUUCCAAGGGAUCAGUGUUGCAGGUGGAGGAGCUGGAGCUGGUGGGGUUGGUGGUGGUGGAGGUUUUUAUCGAGAAGAAGUGCGCAUGGGCAACUACCAAGGAAACACCAGACACCAGAGAGAAAUGGACCCAGAGACCCUCUCUGUACAUUCAAUGCGGCUGCAGACAGUGCCUGUGAAUCCCUGGAUGGUCGAUGGCAGUGAUGUUGGCAGCCUAGUCUCUGAGCGGGACGCCACCUACAGCCGCCAGUAUGCUCAGAGCACAAUCAACGGCUACACCAGCCAGGCAAGGCAAGGAGGAGGCUCCAUGACCUUUCCCAUUCGCCGAUCCCUUAGUGGCACUCUUUCCCGCAGCGGAGGGAUGACAGGAGGAGAGACAGAGAUCAUCCAGCAACAAUCCUUCAGAGGCCCAGCCCACCGCACCAUCAGCAGGAUUGCAAACCGAAACCGGAUUGGCAUGGGCUCCGUGUCUGGGACCCUGCAGCGCCCAGUUUCCGCAAUUGGGUGUGCCUAUGGUAGGGGAGGGGACGUGGUGGACAGGGGGUUCAUCUCAGCCGGGCUGUCCUCUGGUUCCCAGGGGAACCUAGUAAUGAGUCGUCCGGGGACCCUCUCUCGUGCCAUGUCAAUCAAAAGCAUGCACAGUGUGGGGCAGAUGGAUUUAGGAGCCAGCAUUAGCAACCUCAGCGGGAUUCACUCCUUGGACAUGUCCACAGCAGUGCAACACCUGAGAGAGAGCGACAAGGAUUUGCAGGUCUUGGGUGCCGCCUACAUUCAGCAUGAGUGUUACAAUGACAAUGAGGCCAAAAACGAGGUGCGUCGCUUGAAGGGCAUUCAUGACCUGGUGCGCUUGUUCAACAGUGAAAACCUGGAAGUGCAGCGUUAUGCCACCGGAGCCGCACGCAACCUUAUUUAUGAAAAUAUGGACAACAAAGUGGCCCUGAUUGAGGAGGAUGGCAUCUCACAACUGGUCGAGGCACUUAAGGAGACAGACGAUGAGGUCCGCAAAAACAUCACAGGUAUCCUGUGGAACCUUUCAUCCAAAGACCAGUUGAAGGAGAAACUGGCCAGAGAGACACUGUCUGACCUGACUGAGUGGAUCCUCCUUCCUCUGACAGGCGGGGUAGACUCUGAGGAAAUCAGUCAGUCUCCCUCUCAGACAGACAUCUUCUACAACGCCACAGGAUGCCUCAGGAAUCUGAGCUCUGUGACCAAGGUCCGUCAGCAGAUGAGACAAACACCGUGUCUGGUGGACUCUUUGGUGGCCUACAUCAAAGCCUCCCUUGAUGACAACAGAGCAGAAGACAAGGGGGUGGAAAAUACUGCAUGUAUCUUGAGGAACCUCUCCUACCAGCUCUACAGUGAGAUGCCUCCAUCUGUAUUGCUGCGCCUGGAAGGACCAACCAGAGCUCAGAGCUCAGGGAAGGGAGAUGCCAUUGGUUGCUUUACGCCUCAGAGCAGGAAAGCCAAAAAUAGCAAGAACCAGGAUCUCUCCACCUUCACCGAGGUUGCUCGGGUGCCAAAGGGUGCGGAAUGGUUGUGGCACCCUCAGAUUGUUGCGCUGUACAACCGCCUGCUGCAUCAGUGUGAGAUCAACUCCACCACCCGUGAGGCUGCUGCUGGAGCUCUGCAGAACAUCACAGCUGGAGACAAGAGGUGGGCAUCAGUGCUGAGCCGGGUGGCUCUGGAGCAGGAGCGCAUGCUGCCGGUGGUGCUGGACCUCCUGCGUACCACCAAUGACCUGGAGCUGCGUUCCCUCACAGGCUUCCUCCGAAAUCUGUCCCGCCAUACCAGGGAUAAGGGCGACAUGGCGACCAAGACGGUAAGCCACCUGGUGACUAAGUUGCCUGCCGAUGCACACGAGAAGGAGCCCUCCAGCGAUGUGGUGCUCAACAUCUGUGGUAUUCUCAAUAACUUGGUGACCGGCAGCUCUUUAGCUGCCAGAGACAUCGCUUUCUUUGAUGGCCUGACAAAACUGGUCGCCAUCAAGAACUCAGGUGACUCCAGCCCUGGGAAGAUGAAAACCUCCAAAGCAGCAGCCACAGUUCUCAGCAACAUGUUCCACUACAAGAAACUGCACAAACAGUACAAAGAGAAAGGGUUUACAAGAACAGAUUUUACAGACAUGACGAUGUAAAACAAAGGUAAUGUAGUACAAGUUCACUUCUAAAACACUCAUCAGUCCUGUACAGUACCAGCACCCUGUGGAAGAAAUGUUUUCAGGUCUGCAGGAGUAAAUAUACUUUUUAUACUACUCAAAUAAAGUCUUUACCUGCCAUGCUUUGUGAUAAGAACAUGAACACACAAGUGACACAGGAUUGACUUGAUCGGGGAAAAAAGGACUUCCUUUGUUUUUUAAAACUUGAUGGACAUUAAUACAGUGCAAGAAACAUGGAUCCACUAUGAUGGACUGUUGAUGGACUCUGAUACAAAUGUGUGCACCUUAACCAUUAACUCUCUGUUUGAACUUCUGCGUGUGUUUAGUGUGAAAUCAGGGAUUUCUUUUCUGUCAGAGCAACACAUAUCCAGAUGAAGCUGCAGCUGUUUGUGUUUCUGCCAUAUAAAAACAGUGUCAGACUGUUAAUGGACAACAUGGUGGACACUUGUGCCUUAUCUUCUCACUGUUGCACUUCAUUUACAGGAUAAAUGCAGCAUAGUGUAGACUAGAAAGGAUAUCAUUUUUUGUAAAUAUUGCUUUCUCUUUUACACAGAAAUCAAACUAAAUGUUUUAUAUACUGUAGCUAUGUGCUUUUUUUUGUAGUUUUUGGAUGAAUAAAUGCGUUUAUAUGCAAGUCAAAAUUAUAACAUGUAGUUAUAACUGAAUACACACCAGAGGAGAGGUCUAGAAAUACAGUUUAAAGAAAAUUGGAUGUUCAUACUUUUGAUUUAGACGUGGGGAUUAUGAUUGUGCCUCCAAAGUUGACUUUUGUAUUUAGUUAUGGGCUUUUUAAAGUUGCGAAAUCUCCCUUGUCAUACAAAAUGCACACAGCAUUUUGUAUGACAAGGGAGAUUCACUUUGUCAAAGAGGAAUCACUUUGUCAAAGAGAACUCAUAAAGUACUGUUGUGUCUGUUUGUUUGUUUUUUUUUUUUAACAUGC